AUGCAUGCUGACUGUGUAUACUGGCGUCUUGAUGACGUCAUCAUUAUCCGGGUCUGGCACGUGGGUCGGGUCGUCUGGAACCUGCUCCGUAUUGCUAUAUUCAACAUCAGUUACAUAAGAGGCUUGUUUCCAGAGAAGUAUUUCAACGACAAGUCUGUUCCUGCUUUAGGUGUCUAUGAUGCAUUACGGAAAAAAUACCUGAAGACACUUUUGUUCUGUGUGUGCAAGACUAUAGAUGGCCGGAUGAUCGAGGAGUGCACAUUUUCCUUCAGUUAUUCUAAUAAUGAAAGUCAAGAGGUUUCAAUGAAUAUCAAUCGCACUGGAAACAAGAAGCAAGGAGGAACAUUCAAGUGUAACUCUACAACUGAAAUUACUCCCAAUCAGAUGAGGAGUUCUGCUUGUAAAAUGGUCCGAACACUGGUCCAGCUGAUGAGAACUCUGGAUAAGAUGCCUGAAGAGCGGACAAUAUUGAUGAAGCUCCUCUACUAUGAUGAUGUGACGCCAGCGGAUUAUGAGCCUCCAUUCUUCAGGGGCUGCACAGAAGAAGAAGCCCAUAAUGCAUGGACUAAGCAUCCUUUGCAAAUGGAGGUUGGGAAUGUCAACAGCAAGCAUUUUGUAUUAGCUCUCAAGGUGAAGAGUGUGCUUGACCCCUGUGAGGACGGAAAUGAUGAUAUAGAGGGUGAUGAAUUUAGUUUAGGAGCUGAUUCUGAACAAAGGGAUGAUUCUUCUGAAUCUGACAAAGAGGUUAACCAAUCACAAGAAGAUCAAUACAUAGUUGCAACAGUAUACAAGCAAUGUCCAGAGGAAGACAAUGGCAUGGUUGAUGAAGAUGAUACACAGGAUCCAGCGGAAGAUGAGCAGCAAUUGGGUAGGGUGAAGGACUGGGUUAACAGUUACCAUCUUGAUACCAUUGAGCUUACUGAUAUUCUCUCUAAUUUUCCAGACAUCUCAGUGGUUUUGAUUGAAAAAAUCAUGGACAAUCUUGUAAAGGAAGGUGUUUUAUUGAGAACUGGAACAGAUGCUUCAGCAAAGCCAAGACAUCAGGCCUUUGAGUAUGAGUAUACUGUGGUGAAAGAGGAAAUAGAUGGUGACAAAGCUCCUCAGGUUGAGGAUUUCGUGUGCAUGAAGGCUCUGUAUCAUGUGCUUCCAAUGAAAUAUGUGACAAUUGCAAAGCUUCAGAACAAGCUAGAUGGAGAAGCCAAUCAGUCUACUGUGCGCAAAUUAAUUGAUAAAAUGACCCGAGAUGGCUAUCUUGAAGCCAAAGGAAACCGCAGGCUUGGCAAGCGUGUCAUUCAUUCUACUCUAACUGAGAUAAAGCUUAUGGAAGUAAGGAGAUUCUUGGGAAAUGAUGCUAUGGAAAUUGAUACUAAUGAACCAAAUAACAAGUCCAACCAUCCAGAAUUCCAGAAAGAGAGGAAUGAUUACAAGGAUGGCUCAACAUGUGGUUUCCUCCACUCCAUUGGUUCAGAUCUUACGCGCAUGAAGAUCAGAUCAGAAGUAAAUCAAAAUGGAUCAACUAGGAGUAAACAGACUAUCUCUAAGACAAGGAACCAUGGAAACACUCCCACAAGCGGGGCUGAGCCUGUUGCUUCUUCAAGAGAGAGUGUCUUUCCAGGAAAGGAGAAUGCCAGAGCAAAUGGAAACACGAAUUACUUUGACGAGGCAGAUACAGUUAUCUGCAGCAGAUCCUCUCAAGAUAAGCGGUCUAGAAAGACAAGCACGGUAUGCUUCAACUUCCUCACCAUGAACUGGUUAAGGAGCCUAUUAUUCAGUCUAUGAAGCGCCAGAAAUCCCAAGCUGUCUGAAAGGAUUAAGGAGUUUGAAGUCACCAAAUUUACUUUCCACUCCUUCAGAAUGGUACU